AUGGAGAAGAAGAAAAUCCUGAUGAAGUCCAAGGUCGCUGCUCCCAACCUCCUGAGGGCCCUGCACUCCCUGUACCAGUUCGGGCACCUGUGUGACGUGACGGUUCACACCCAGCACCUGGGAAUUCGGGAGGAGUUCCUGGUUCACAAAGCCGUCCUGGCAGCUUCCAGCAACUAUUUCAAGGGGCUCUUCCUGCACGAGGAGAUGCUGGACACCAAGACCUGCACGGUGACCCUGCAGGACAUCUACACAGAGGAGUUCACCUCCUUCCUGGAGUUUGUGUACACGGCGGAAGUGGAGAUCGAAGCGGAAAAGCUCCAGCGGAUGAAGGAGAUAGCCGAGAGACUGGAAUGCAAGGAUUUGCUCGACAUCUGUGAAGAAGUGAAAGCAGAGGGCAGGAAGGGCUUGGAUUUGAGCCUCCACCUGAAGGGACAGAGCGGUGAAAGUGGUGGGUCCCAGUGGCCUCACAUCCAGCACGAGGAGAACCCCAGCCCGAGGAACUCUUCCCAGGUCGUGGCAAUCCCUGUGCAGAGGAAACUUUGGGACAGGCAGAAACAUAAGAAGUUGCUGGCGGGCUAUGAGCUCAUUGGAGGCCAAGCAGCAGGUCUGGAGCAAGAGGACACUGCUUUUCCAGACCCAAAGCCCAGGACAGCAAGGCUGCUGAAAUGUAGCGAGCCAGAUUCCACAAACACCCUCGGUGUGGACAUCGUUAGUCUGGAAGACGAGGAUAGUCACUCCCUCCUAAGUCAGCCUGAGGCACAGGGAGCCUGUGUCGUGAUUAGGAGCGCUCUGCCUGAGCAGUGGGAAGAUGGAAAGAGUUUAAUUUCCCAGUUUCCCACUGAGACAGGACGCAGGAAAUCACCGCGGCCCGCGGUGAAAAUCCCCGCGCCGGUGGCGCGCGGGAAGCGCGAUGAACCCUUCCGCGUCCCGGAGCGGUACCGGGAGCGUGUGGAGCUCCAGCACGACGCCGGCCUGGCCCUCAGGCCCCGCUGCGAGGGGUGCGGGCAGCGAUCCCCAGCCCCGCGGAACCUGCGGCAGCACCGCCCGCGCGCCCACGGCCACGAGCGCGGCUCCUCCCGCCGCGCCAGGCUGGCACCCCGCAGGGACGCGGCCCAGCGCGUCCGCAGGGCGCCCGACGGGAAGCGGGAACGCCGGGCCUGCCCCUGCUGCGACAAGGCGGGAGGCUCCAAGCGCGGCCUCUCCGGCCACGUCCGGGCGCACGGCGGGGAGAGGCCCUACAAGUGCGAGCGCUGCCCCGCCAGCUUUGCCCACAGGUCUGCCUACAGCACCCACCUCAGGAAAAUCCACGAGUCUGGGCAAGAGAGGAAACUCCUGCCUGUCUAUUGGAUGGUGGUUCCACCUGCAGCUGGACCAAACGCCGCAAGCUGUGACAAAGAUCCCGACAGAGAGCCUUGGGAUGGGACAUCUGAGGCCACGAGGAGUGAGGAGGAACCCGGGGGUUCACCCACUGCUGAAACAGAACGGAGCACAGAGCAAGAGGAACAGGAUGGGAAACACAAGGAAGCUGAAGCAAGGAGCGAAGAAGGGAAUGAAGAUGAAGGUGAGAUGAGCGUGAAGGGCGAGGAGGAGGGAGAUUACGAGGUGGGAUACUCGGAAGUUGAAGGAGGUGCAGCCAAAGAGGUGCAUCCCGAGGAGGGUGGCCAACACCCACACGAGAAGGACGGCGAAGAACACGAAUCAGACGAGGAGUCCCAACUACAGAAGGCCAGUAAAAGCGGGGCCAGCAAGAACCCCCGCUACGUGAUCCGGUGUGACAAGUGCCACGAGCAGUUCGUGUCCCGCAAGAGGUACGUGGAUCACUGCCGGGACGCGCACCAGUGCCUGCCCGGCAAGGUGUACCGGUGCGACGUGUGCGGCAAGCGCUUCGCCAGCUACACCAGCUGGAAGGAGCACCGGGCGUGCGUGCACACGGAGGAGCGGCGCUUCUCCUGCCCCCUGUGCAGCGCCACCUUCAAGCGGCAGCGGGACGUGCGGACCCACUCCGUGCGGAAGCACGAGGGCCGCGCCAAGCGGCCCCUCUGCUCCGUGUGCGGGAAGAUCCUCAGCUCCCGCACGGCGCUGGUGUUCCACAUGCGGACGCACACCGGGGAGAAGCCCUACGAGUGCAGCAUCUGCCACGCCAGGUUUGCACAGCCCUCCCAGCUGAAGAUCCACACCAGGUCCCACACGGGGGAGAAGCCGUAUAUUUGUGAGGACUGCGGGGCUUCCUUUGCCGACAAAGGAAAACUCACCGGCCACAAAAGGACACACACAGGAGAGCGCCUGUUCAAGUGUGACGUGUGUGGGAAGCACUUUGCCACCAAGGAGUACCUGAAGUGCCACAAGCGCUGCCACUUGGGCGCCAAGCCCUACAAGUGUGAGGUGUGUGGGAAAGCCUUCGGCCUCAGGGCCUCCCUGGCCCAGCACAGCAACGUCCACGCAGAGACCCGCCCCUAUUUCUGCGAGCAGUGCGGGAAGACCUUCACGCAGCAGGGCGCCCUGCGGCGGCAUCAGCGCAUCCACACCGGGGAGAAGCCCUACAAGUGCCGGGCCUGCGAGAGGACCUUCACCGACAUGUCCACGCUGCGCAGACACGUGGCGAUUCACGAUCGGAAUGCUCACUGGCGAAGUUUCCUGAUCGAUCUCACCCCCAAAAAGGACCAUAACUGGUCCAAAAUAGAGACAUUUGGGGAAGCCCAUGCGGGAGGAGGCUCCGCCCCGGAGGGUUGGUCGGUGGACCAGGGGAAACUUUACAAACCAGAAGGUGCCAAAACAGCAGCGCGGGCGGCCCCUGGUGCUGGGGACACCGGGGGCACCGACCGCUCCCUCUUGUACUUCCCGUCUCCGCUCCCCCCGUUCCACGCGCGUCACUUCCCGCGCGCCGCGGCCGCGCUCGGGGCGGGCGGGCCCGUGGAGCGUCAGCAAUUCCGGCCGCGCCCGGCGCUGCGCGGGAGAGCGGUCGGUUCUGAUAGUCCCAAGGGGGUCUCAGGGGGAAGAAAGAUGGAAAGCCCUCCGGUCCUGCUGGAAUCCAAGUCCUCUCCCAUCAACCUGCUGAACGAGAUGCACCAGCUGCGCCUGCUGGGCCACCUGUGCGACGUGACGGUGAGCGUGGAGUACCAGGGCGUCCGCGCCGAGUUCGUGGCCCACAAGGCCGUGCUGGCGGCCACCAGCAAGUUCUUCAAGGAGGUUUUCCUCAACGAGAAGGCCGUGGACGGGCCCCGGAGCAACGUGUUCCUCAACGAGGUGCAGGUGGCGGAUUUCGCCUCCUUCCUGGAGUUCGUCUACACGGCCCGGGUGGAGGUGGAGGAGGACAGGGUGCAGCGCAUGCUGGAGAUGGCCGAGAAGCUCAAGUGCCUGGACCUCUCGGAGACCUGCUUCCAGCUGAAGAAGCAGAUGCUGGAGUCGGUGCUGCUGGAGCUGCAGAACUUCUCGGAAUCGCAGACCCAAAGCCGUGGCGGAAGCCGAGCGGGAUUCCUCGGAUUCCCCCGCAGCCAGGCCCGGCCACGGAGCGUCCCCGGAGGUACCGGCUGCCAAAUCGAAGGAGAAGGUGGACAAGAAGAAGGAAGUGCUGAAGGCUCCUUAUGCCAAAAUCCGGAGGGCGAGCGGGAGGCUGGCCGGGAGGAAGGUGUUUGUGGAAAUCCCGAAGAAGAAGUACACCAGGAGGCUGAGGGAGCAGCAGAAGAGCGCGGAGGUGGCUGCCGGAGACGACAGAUAUCCCGAGGAGGAGGAGCCGUGCGAGCCGGAGGGAGAGGAGGAGCGGGGGAGAGCGCCGUCCAACCGGAGGGCACGGAGCACGACGACGGCCGCCCUGGAGAGAACCGCCCGAAGGCCGGCGAGGACAGAAAGAAGCGAGGCAGCAACUUCAAGUGCGGCACGUGCGAGAAGGAGUUCCUGUACGAGAAGAGCUUCCUGAAGCACAUCCAGCACAGCCACGGCAUCGCGGCCGAGCUGGUGCUGCGCUGCGAGACGUGCGGGCAGACCUUUGCCAACCGCUGCAACCUGCGGAGCCACCAGCGGCACGUGCACAGCAGCGAGCGCCGCUUCCCCUGUGAGCUCUGCGGUAAGAAGUUCAAGAGGAAGAAGGACGUCAAGAGGCACAUUCUCCAGGUUCAUGAGGGUGGUGGGGAGCGCCAUCAGUGCCAGCAGUGCGGAAAGGGGCUGAGCUCCAGGACCGCCCUGAGGCUCCAUGAAAGGACGCACACGGGCCACAAGCCUUAUGGGUGCCCCGAGUGUGAGGCUAAGUUUUCCCAGCCUUCGGCACUAAAAACCCACAUGAGAAUCCACACGGGGGAAAAGCCCUUUGUCUGUGAUGAGUGUGGGGCCCGGUUCACUCAGAACCACAUGCUCAUCUAUCACAGACGCUGCCACACAGGGGAAAGGCCUUUCAUGUGUGAAACGUGUGGGAAGAGCUUUGCCUCUAAGGAAUACCUGAAGCACCACAACCGGAUCCACACGGGAUCCAAACCCUUCAAGUGCGAGGUUUGCUUCCGGACCUUCGCCCAGAGGAACUCCCUGUACCAGCACAUCAAAGUCCACACAGGGGAGCGGCCGUACUGCUGCGACCAGUGCGGGAAGCAGUUCACGCAGCUCAACGCGCUGCAGCGGCACCACCGCAUCCACACCGGCGAGAAGCCCUUCAUGUGCAACGCCUGCGGCAGGACCUUCACCGACAAGUCCACGCUGCGCCGGCACACCUCGAUCCACGACAAGAACACCCCCUGGAAGUCCUUCCUUGUCAUCGUGGAGGGGCAUCGAAGAGCGACGACGGUCACAAGACGGAGCUUCCCGACGAGGAGUACGCCGUGUCCCCCAAAAUCCCGGAGAAGCUGCUGUCCUUCCCUGAGAGCAGCCCCUACCAGAGCCUGGCGGCCGUCCCGGGUGGCGGCACCGCCGGCACGGACUGUAAGUCACCCGGAGGGCCGGGCUCGCAGGGAGCCCUGAUGGGAAGCGCGCUGAGCGAGCUCACGGUGCUCCACGCGCAGCAGGACUCCAUCCAGCCGCAGCUCCACGCUCUGGUGAACAUGGAAUAACGCAGGAUUCACUGUGACUCCUUAAGCUGCACCCCUUGUAUAGCCCUUUGCCUGAGGGAAGCUGGUAGUGGGAAGCAGGUGGGAGUGGAUUUUCCCCGGAUUCCUCUGAAAAUUCAUUCCACAGCUCCAUCUCCUGGAGGUCGGCAGGGUGACACUUCAGUCGCUCCUCCCUGGAAGUUGAUUCCCUGGGAGCGGAGAGGGUGGCUCAGGUACCAUGUUUGGGUGGGUUAUGAAGGUGGUGCAGGUUUGUUUUCCAGGUGAUUUUGAUGCCACGUGGACAAUCAGGAGAACCGAGGUUGUGUUUCUCCGUGUCAUUCACUGCAUUUUCCCGGCAGGAAUUCAUCCAGGAGAUAAGUCUGGCUAAAUUGCUUUUCAGGAAACCUUGGUUUCUCUCUGCUUUUGCCAAAGACCCCAGCAGUGAGCCAGCUCACUCCUUGGGAAUACGAGUGGGAGCUUUGGAGUUUCUUUCCAGGAGUUUUGAGUCUCUUAAAUAGCAGGUGGGAGCCAAGUGCUGGUUCGUGUUUCCACAAUUCCAUGAAAACUGGAGCAGUCUGGCACUCUAGUCUCCACCUUCCAACUGCUCCAGCUCACAUGGAAUUGGGCACUUAGAGACCAAAACAUCUCUUGGAAAAAUGUCUGGGAAAACCAGCCAUUCUGGAAAAGGUUCAAUUCAGAGGCUUUUCCUGGUCAGCACCUCCCGCUCCAUUUUAUUGGAAUAGGAUUUGGGAUGUUUUCCCUGGGUGGUGGGGAAGGAGCCUUUGAGAGUUGUCAUCUGACUGGGGAUGACUCUUUUUUUGGGAGCAGCAGCUCCCUGCUGUGGUUUAACGCUUCAAAACUCGGGAUCAGCUUCCCAGAUGCCACUGUGUAAAAACCCACAUCUUUUCCAGUUAAAUUUUCCCGUUCCUUUGCCUGUUACUGUAGUAUUCCCACAGAAACUUUCUCAGCUGGAGCUGUGAGCAGAACUUUGGGAAAGGUAAGCACAAUCCAGCCUGGUGAGGGCCUGUUGUCCAGCAAUAAACACCCCCCACCCGUGGCACAGAGCUAUUUUUUUGGUCCUAAAGGGAUGCUGGAGGUGUUGCCAUGGAAUUCUAACAUAGAAAAAAGGGAAUUUUUUUUUUUUUUAAAGAGAACGUUUCCAAGAGGUUAUAUUUGAAAUAUUUAUUCCUGGUGAAGCUCAGUUGUCCCCGGUGACCGAUGGAAAGAGGCUGUAGAUAUAUUUAAAUCCUGAGCAUCUGGAACUGGAGCCAGGGAAGUUUUGUACUCUGGGAAUGUAUGGAAGUGAGUUACUGUUCAACUGUUCUUAUUAAAAUAUGGGAAUAUGGAGA